UUUAUGAUAUCGUCUCCUUCUCUCAAAGUCAAAUACACAGGGAAUAUACAAGCACGACGAACCGACCAGAGGAGGAGCCGGAGCUACAAGAUUCCACCAGCGGCGGCCGGGGAGGAGGAAGGAGAUUGGAAAUUUGGAUUUGGUCGGGGCGGGGCGGCCGGCCGAUCACCCUCGGUACGGCUUCUCCUCCUCCUUCUUCCUCCUCACGAUCCUUCGCUUCUUCCUUUCCUUCCUCCUCCUCGGAUUCGUCCAAGAUUUGCAAGUUGCUUAAUUUUGCAUUGGAGUCGCUGGAUGUGAUUUUGAUGGGCUGCCUACCAACAAAGCAUGCCAAUCGCUCGCUGGAUUCACUGGAUGCACGGGAAGCUGUAGCUCUUGCUGCUGAAACAUCUUGUGAGAAAGUGGAUCUACCAGAUUUUGUUAAUAUUGCUACUGGAACACCGUUUACUGUGAGUGAAGUUGAGGCAUUAUAUGACCUCUUCCGGAAAUUAAGUAAUACAAUCAUCAAAGAUGGUCUAAUUCACAAGGAAGAAUUCCACCUUGCUCUCUUUAGGAAAAAGAAGAAGCAAAAUCUCUUUGUUGACAGGGUAUUUGACUUGUUUGAUGAAAAACAAAAUGGUGUAAUUGAAUUCGGUGAAUUUGUUCGUUCUCUUAGUGUGUUUCAUCCAGAUGCACCUGAAGAACAAAAAAUUGCUUUUGCAUUUAGGUUGUAUGACUUAAGACAGACAGGCUUUAUUGAACGGCAUGAGUUGAAGGAGAUGGUGUUGGCUCUGCUGGAUGAAUCAGAUUUGAAUAUUACAAGUGAUGCUGUCGAGAUGAUUGUUGACAGGACAUUUGAUCAGGCUGACACAAAAGGUGAUGGACGAAUAGAUCAAGAGGAAUGGACUGAAUUUGCUAAAAGUAAUCCAUAUGUACUGAGGAAUAUGAGUCUCCCAUACCUUAAGGACAUCACCAUGGUAUUCCCAAGCUUUGUGAUUCACUCAGAAAUCAGUGAAGCAGACAUGGCUCUCUAACCUGAAAAGUAAUGGCAAGUUUGCAACACUUUUCUGUACAUCCUGAUUUAUAUUAAUGAAGGGGUGCGCUGGAAGCUUUUUCGUCAUAAAAGGUUUGCAACACUUCUCUGGUGACUCCAUCCAUUGUGUGUAGAAAAGGAGUUUGGUUCCUUACCAACAAGCGGAGAAUAUAGCAUCCAACUCCAGCAUCACUGACCAAAUGUUCAGACUUGCACAAGUGUACAAUCACACAGCAAUUGCUUCAUUGUUGGCCGUUCUUUUUAUCUUUUCCGCUUUUACGUUGGAGAAUGCUUAAGCAAGGAAGCUGUAGCCCUGCAGAUCAAGUGUAGCAAUUCAAGGUCUUAAAACAAAAAGGGUGUACAAUAAAUCGACGUUUAACUGAUGUCUCCUCACAAAAAAGGGGUUAAUUGUUCUCUGAGAAUAAGUUGACGUGAUCCCUCAAUUUGACCUUAUGUAACAUUGGUAGAUUGGUACCAUAUGUGUUAUGUGAUGCAUGUAUCAUA